UCAGCAGAAAUGUUAGGAAUGGUUAAAGAGAAUCACUCCUUGACAGCUGACUUUAUCCUCUUAGGAUUUACCGAUCACCCCAAUCUAAAGACCCUGCUGUUUGUGGUGUUCUUUGUCAUCUAUCUGAUCACCAUGGUGGGCAAUCUUGGGUUGGUGGUGUUGAUUUCCAUGGAGCGCCGUCUGCACACACCCAUGUACAUCUUUCUGGGAAACCUGGCUCUGAUGGAUUCCUGCUGCUCCUCUGCCAUUGCCCCAAAGAUGCUACAGAACUUCUUUUCUGAGGAUAGAAUGAUUUCCCUCCAUGAAUGCAUGGCACAGUUUUAUUUUCUCUGCCUUGCUGAAACCACAGACUGCUUUCUCCUGGCAGCAAUGGCCUAUGAUCGCUAUGUGGCCAUAUGCAGUCCACUGCAGUACCACACGAUGAUGUCAAACCAACUCUGCUAUCAGAUGACCAUAGGAGCCUUCGUAGCUGGAAAUCUGCAUUCCAUGAUUCAUGUCGGGCUUCUAUUAAGGUUAACCUUCUGUGGUUCUCAUCAAAUUAAUCACUUUUUUUGUGAUAUUCUUCCAUUAUACAGAAUAUCCUGUACUGAUCCUUUUAUAAAUGAACUAAUGAUAUAUAUUUUUUCAAUGCCUAUUCAAAUCUUCACCAUUGCCACAGUUUUAGUAUCUUAUCUCUGCAUUCUUUUCACGAUUUUUAGAAUGAAAUCCAAAGAGGGGAGAGGUAAAGCUUUUUCUACCUGUGCAUCCCAUUUUUUAUCUGUCUCAAUAUUCUACAUUUGUCUUCUCAUGUAUAUCCGACCAUUUGAAGAAGGAGAUAAAGAUAUACCAGUAGCAAUUUUUUAUACAAUAGUAAUUCCUUUAUUAAACCCUUUUAUAUAUAGCCUGAGGAAUAAGGAGGUGAUAGGUGUUCUGAAAAAAAUAAUGAUGAACUCUAAUGUUCUUAAGCAAACUUCAUCCUCCACAACAACUUAA